CUUCUUUGCCUCUUUUUAUCUUUCUUCAUAAGACGACCUCAGCACAGAGGCAGAGAGAGAGAGAGAGAGAGAGAGAGAGAGAGAGCAGUUGUUUCAUGGAAGCAGUUGAAGACAUAGUGAUUGUUGGUGCUGGCAUAGCAGGCCUCACCACAGCCUUAGGCCUUCACAGGCUUGGCAUUAAAAGCUUGGUUUUGGAGUCGUCUGAUGGGUUGAGAACCACAGGGUUCGCCCUUACAACGUGGACAAAUGCUUGGCGGGCCUUGGACGCGGUCGGCAUAGGCGAACCGCUCCGCCGACAGCACAACCAACUUUUUGGGUUGAUGAACUCUUCCACAGAUUCUGGAAUCUCUGCAGCUGAGAGACAAUCUGAUGCCACGGGGACACAACGAGUCCACGAAAUUCGUUGCCUGCUGAGGAAAUCCUUGUUGGAAACUCUCGAGAAAGAACUUCCUAGGGGCACUAUAAGGUAUUCCUCCAAGGUUGUGUCGAUCCAGGAAUUGGGCUACCUUAAGCUGGUCCAUCUUUCUGACGGGUCAAUUCUCAAGGCGAAGGUCUUAAUUGGGUGUGAUGGAGUGAACUCAGCAGUGGCAAAAUGGCUAGGCUUCAAGAAGCCUGCUUUUGUUGGCCGAUAUGCCAUCAGGGGCUCUGUGUAUUGCGAGCACGGUCAUGGUUUCGAGCGUAAAUUCUUCCGGUACUUCGCUGAAGGAGUUAGAUCUGGUGUCAUCGCUUGCAAUGACGAGUCUAUUUAUUGGUUCUUCACUUUUUCUUCUUCCAGCAAGAAUGAAGAGAUGGAAGAGAGUCCGGCCAAGAUGAAGCAAUUCGUGCUGGACAGGCUCGGAAAAAUACCCGACAACGUGAGAGCUGUCAUCGAGAAAACAGAACUGGAUAACGUAAUACUGUCCCCGCUGAUAUUUCGACCCCCGUGGGAGAUCCUGCUGGGAAACAUAAGCAAAAGCAACGUCUGCGUAGCCGGAGAUGCGUUCCACCCCAUGACGCCGGACAUCGGCCAGGGCGGCUGUGCAGCUCUGGAAGACGGCAUCGUCCUCGCGAGAUGCCUGGGCGAAGCCUUGAAGGACAAGCAAGGCGUGUGCAGCGAGGAAGAGUACAAGAGGAUUGAGAUGGGCUUGCGGAGCUACGCCAAAGAGAGAAGAUGGAGAGCGUUUGAGCUCAUAACCACAGCUUACAUAGUGGGAUUCAUCCAACAGAGCAACGGCAGGGUGAUGAACUUCUUGAGAAACAGAGUACUGGCCACCUUUAUGGCCGGGCAGCCGCUGAAGAUGGCGAGUUACGAUUGCGGGAAGCUGAGCGCUUCUUGAAUUGCCCUGAACUUUAACGUAUGGUUUCAGGAAUGUCAAGGAGGAUUCCUAUUCACAUAAAUAUCAUCAACUACGAUUCGUAGCCCGAGAUUUUUUUUUUUUUUGGCAAUUUUGCUAUUUCUUCAAUGACGAAAAGCCUUAGCUCAUCGUUUUCUCUGGCGGCCCGCUACAAA